AUGUAUGAACAAUUCUCAGAAUUUAUAGACAAAUUUGGUGCGCGACUGUCGGGCAGCGAUGUUUUGGAAAAUUCAAUUGAUUAUAUGAUAAACUUAACCGUCGCUUCUGGAAUUGAUGAUGUUACUACCGAAGAAGUCGAGGUUCCCCAUUGGGUACGUGGGUUCGAAUCGUUGGAGAUGUUACAACCUCGAUACAAAAAUAUAGCUCUUCUCGGUCUCGGUUCUUCAGUUCCUACGCCAAUCGAAGGAAUAACUGCCGAAGUCGUAGUGGUUAAAUCAUUUAAAGAAUUUAAUAAUACGAGUGAUGACCUCGUUAGAGGUAAGAUUGUGUUGUUCAAUGCACAUUAUAUAACAUAUGGGGAAACCGUGGCGUAUAGAGUACAAGCAGCUUCUAAAGCUGCAGAAAAAGGAGCCGUAGCUUCCCUCAUUCGAAGUAUUACCCCAUAUUCCUUAUAUACACCGCACACUGGAAGCCAACACUAUGAUAAAGGCGUUCCCAAAAUACCAACAGCAGCAAUCACAGUUGAAGACGCACAUUUACUACAAAGGCUAUACGAUCGUGGCAACAAAAUUGUUCUAAAGCUAAAAAUGAACAAUACUUUAGAUACAAAACUCUCCCGAAAUACAAUAAUAGAUUUGAAGGGAUCAGCUUAUCCCGAUAAACACGUGAUCGUUUCCGGUCAUAUAGACAGCUGGGAUGUAGGUCAAGGUGCAAUGGAUGAUGGCGGUGGUAUGAUGAUAAGCUGGUAUGCUCCUAUAGUUCUUAACCAUUUCAACCUGCGACCUAGAAGAACGCUUCGCGCAAUCUUAUGGACGGCGGAGGAACCCGGUCUAGUAGGAGCUGCCGCGUAUUUACAACGUCACAGAAAUGAGCUAGAUAAGAUUAAUUUUAUAAUGGAAUCCGAUGAGGGGACCUUUAAACCGCUAGGUCUAGAAGUAGCUGGAACAAAAGAAGCGAUUUGUAUAAUAGCUGAAAUAAUAAAGCUGUUCAAGCCGAUUGACAAAAUGGUUGUAAGUGAAAGUCCCGGCUCGGAUAUUACCCUAUUCAUAGGUAAAGGCAUUCCCGGAGCGUCUUUAUUGAAUAAGAAUGAUAAAUAUUUCCGAUAUCACCACUCAGAAGCAGACACAAUGGAUGUAGAAAAGAAAGAUGACGUUGUUAAGUGUGCCGCGUUUUGGGCGGCUGUUUCUUAUGUCAUUGCUGAUUUAUCCGUCGAUAUACCUCGAAACUAA